AUGCACGUUAUCAAGACUUUCGCAGCAGCUUUUGCUCUGGCAGCAACCGUAUCAGCAUUCCCGCUGCAGAAGAGACAAGAUGAUUCAGCAAUCGGCGACCCAAACAGAGGACUCCGUGGCGGCUUGGAUUUCCUGUCCAUCCCUAGUGGCGAUGGUGCCAGCAGCAAAGCCAAGCGUGCUGAAGAUAUCCCAGAUGCUGCCAAUCCUGUAGUCGAUCUAGCAGAAAACGUCAAGGGUGGUUUCGAGGGAUUCUUUGAUUUCCUCGGUGCUUCUGGAAGCGACGACAAAUAA